AAAAAAGCUGAAAACAUCAGAAAAUAAAAAUUAAUCUAAAACAGAAAAUUGUUUGGUCCAUUUUCGUUGAACUAAAACCCCAAUGAAAGAACUAAACCUCUAUUAGCCAAAUCGUAAAAUUUAGCCGUAACAUCGGCGGGAUGAGAAGGGGAGGACGCAGCGGCGGCAGUGGCGGAAGGAGGCCACUUUCAUCGUCGUUCGAUAAAGAGCUUCGCCGUCACAUUGAGUCUAGUAAGAACAAUUACCUCUCUGUAGAAGAUCUCGUCGACCAUCUCCGUUCAUCUUAUCACAAAUAUUCCCGUGAAAAGUUACAGCCGUUUACGAAGCGCGUCCAGGAAGUUCUCCAGCUCCGAACUGUAACAGAAGAAGUAACGCCUCCGAAAAAGAAACCUAAAAGAGAAGACAGCGAGCAGCGUUUGCUUCUACUUGAGAAGAAACACGUAAUGAAUAGCCAGAAAAAGAAGCAGGAAGGGGAGGGCUCAUCGUCGACUACUCUUGCUAGUACCUCGGAAAGUGAUGAUGAUGAUGAUGAAGGCGCAUAUACUUCAUCUUCCGAUGCUAUUUAUGGAGAGAAAUUGGAAGAAAAACCUGAUUUAAUGAAGUCUAUGCUUCGACAUACGUACAAUCAACAGGCGAAUAAUACGAAUAAUUCUCCUUUAAAGUCGAAAAAAAUUGAGUACGAAGUGGUUCACGAGAAUAAUGAUGAAAAGAGGAAGAAGAUUGAUAUGUGGAAAGGAGGACAUCGAAGAAACGGAGCUACUAGGGGUUUAGGAGGAGGAGGAGGAGAGGUUCGAGAAGGGGAAAAGUUUGGGCAUAGUGAAGGGAAUGUGGAUGGACCAAGGUUUAAGGAUUUAGGAGGAAUGGAUGGAGUACUGGAGGAAUUGAAAAUGGAGGUAAUUGUUCCAUUGUAUCAUCCUCAGUUGACUAAGCAUCUUGGAGUUAGGCCAAUAUCAGGGAUACUCUUCCACGGUCCGCCUGGCUGUGGCAAAACAAAGCUAGCUCAUGCUAUUGCUAAUGAGACUCGUGUUCCAUUUUACAAACUUUCAGCUACUGAGUUGGUAUCUGGAGUUUCAGGUGCAUCAGAAGAGAACAUAAGGGAACUGUUCUCGAAGGCAUACCGAACGGCACCUUCUAUUGUGUUUAUUGAUGAGAUUGAUGCAAUUGCUUCCAAAAGAGAAAAUUUACAGAGAGAAAUGGAGCGGCGCAUUGUAACACAGCUGAUGACGUGCAUGGAUGAGUCACAUAGAGUUGUAAAACCCGAUGAUGCAGAGGAAAGUGCUUUACCUUCUGAUAAAAGAAAUAGUGAAGCAAAAUCAGACGGAUCUAAUCGUGGACCUGGCUAUGUCCUAGUAAUUGGGGCCACAAAUAGACCUGAUGCUAUUGAUCCAGCAUUGAGGAGGCCUGGACGAUUUGACCGUGAAAUUGCCUUGGGUAUUCCUGAUGAAAAUGCAAGGGCGCAAAUUUUGUCUGUGCUUACACGUAACCUAAGAGUUGAAGGUGCAUUUGAUCUCAUGAAGAUAGCUAGCUCAACCCCAGGAUUUGUCGGAGCUGACUUGGCUACUCUAACUAACAAGGCAGGUAACUUGGCAAUGAAAAGGGUAAUAGACGUGAGGAAGGUUGAGCUUUUAGGAGAACUGGCAGAUGGUGAAGAUGCCGAAGAAUGGUGGAGAAAGCCAUGGUCACCUGAAGAGAUGGAAAAUCUCAGCAUUAAUAUGGCUGAUUUUGAGGAAGCAGCUAAAUUGGUUCAACCCUCAUCUAGAAGAGAAGGUUUCUCUGAUAUCCCAAAUGUAAAGUGGGAAGAUGUUGGAGGCCUUCAUUCGUUAAGACAUGACUUUGAUCGUUACAUUGUCAGGCGUAUAAAGAAUCCUAAAGAUUACAUGGGGUUUGGAGUGGACUUGGAAACAGGAUUCUUGCUUUAUGGUCCCCCAGGAUGUGGUAAAACAUUAAUUGCCAAGGCUGUUGCUAAUGAAGCUGGAGCAAAUUUUAUACACAUUAAGGGACCUGAAAUUCUGAACAAGUAUGUUGGUGAAAGUGAGUUAGCUAUUCGGACAUUAUUUACCCGUGCCAGGACAUGUGCUCCGUGCAUUCUAUUCUUCGAUGAGAUGGAUGCAUUGACAACUAAGCGUGGGAAGGAAGGAGGUUGGGUCGUUGAAAGGCUUUUGAAUCAGCUACUUAUAGAACUAGACGGUGCUGAUCAGAGAAAAGGUGUUUAUGUGAUUGGUGCCACAAAUAGGCCUGAAGUCAUGGACCGAGCCAUUCUUCGACCUGGGAGGUUAGGGAGACUCCUAUAUGUCCCUCUACCUAGUCCAGAUGAACGUGGACUAAUUCUAAUAGCUCUUGGCCAAAAAAAACCUAUAGAUGCUAGUGUCGACUUGAUGACCAUGGGAAGAGAUGAUGCCUGUAAAAAUUUUAGUGGAGCAGACCUAGCAGCACUGAUGAAUGAAGCUGCAAUGAUUGCACUUGAAGAUAAAUUGAUAGCCAUGGAUACAAGUUGUGGUGACUCAUCACCGAUUAUUACGGAGUCGCAUUUUAAACGCGCUUUGGAGAAAAUUUCUCCUUCUGUCUCCGACAAGCAAAUAGAAUACUAUCAGGUUUUAUCAAAAACCUUCAAAGCAGCAUGAAAGUCUUAGGGGGGUGGUCAUACCUCCACCUCUAGCAUGGAGAAAGUUGCACGCGAAAUAUAUUGGAUAUUGCCGUUUUCUUUUUGGUCUUGUUAAUUUCCUUGAGCUAUAGUGCGAGCACAAACAGAGUGGAGAGGAAAAGCAGAAAAAACUUUGAUCUUUUCCUCUUUCGUUUCUUCUUUUUUUCCCCCCUCCUUUUUUGUAGGGUUCAAUGGAGUAAUGUAAAAGAGGAACUUUCUUUGUGGUUAGUUCCUUUUUCUUUUAUUAUUUUAGCAAUAUAAUUCUUUGCA